AUUUAUGCACGCGCACAAUAACAGCGCUAGUACUACAUGUACGUACGUGCACGCGACGUGUACAUUUACCAGUUGAAUUAGAAAUAGAAGAGGAAUUUUGUUGUGGUGUAAUUUUCUGUUUCCAAACGAAAUCAGACAUGGCUACAGAAGAUGAAGUUGCCUUUCGCUCAAUGGUUCGAGCCUCGGGUUUAGGAGAAGUCUGGCAACAUACAUCGGAUGAGUUGAAAUUCAAGCAGUAUGGAUGGAGGACAACCACCAAAGAAGAUUGCUAUUCGCCACAAACUCUUGUUGGUAAUUGGAAUGAAGAGAGGUUUGACAUUGAAAGGAUCAGGGUACCAAAGAGAUUACCGUCACAGUUUGAGCACUACUUUGAAACAACCCAUGCUGAUUCCUACAAAAUGGAAAGAAAAUCGGUUCCUCGUUCACUCGUUCAUUUGGCAGCUCGUGAAGCCAGAGCAUUUCCAGCAUCACAACCAGAGUUAGACCCUCCAAGAACCAAGCAAGAAUAUAAUUCAUUCCAGACAACAUCCAGAGCUGCAUAUGUUGACCCCAGAUUGAGAACAACACCCCUCAAUACAUCAUAGUCAGGCUGGAUGAAGACGGCACAUGUAGACGAGCACUCACAAAGGAUGUACAGCAUAUCCACUUAAUCAUGCCAAUUAAGCAUACAAUUCAUCGUGCAGACAUAUUUUGUUUUAUAACACCUCAGCCAAAGAUUAUGUAUCUUGAUUGACCGAGAGCGAGUCACACAUGGCAUUUCGCUAUUUUUGCUAUCUUGCUGUGAACGGCCAAAAGUACUACACCCGUAACAACCAAAGAACUAUACGCAUAAGAACGGGUAUUGUGUGCAAAUGCAUAUACGGGUGUGCGCAUUGCGCAUGGGUUUCAGACAUUUCGUGAAGUGGCAAUUUGGAAAGUGCAAGGAAACUAAUUUUGUAUUCAAAUUGAAGUACAUUUGAAUUGUAUUUAGAUUUAAUUAAUCAGUUAUCGCUUCAAAUCAAGCAGAAUAUGUGGGAGAGGUGUUAUAAAACAAAUAGUGAGUGCUAUAUCUUGUGGUGUAGCAAAACAAGCCUCCCUCGGUGAUCCACGGAGCAUUCUCUAAUACUCCAUGGAUCAACUCAGAAUCAAGGCUAAUUGUACUACACCACUUGAAGUCACCACCAGUUAAUAUUUGUAUACUAUAAAAUGUAUACAUGAAAGAAAGUUUAAUACUAGUGUGAUAUGAUCAAUUAAGAAAAUUAUGACAUCGCCCCUGUUACCAACAAAUCCAAAAUCAAAAUUAGACGAAGUGAUAUUUCUAAGAAGUGAUAUGAAAAGUAACAUAAUAAUGUAAAAAAACCUUAUACAGCUUCCAGGCUUGCACAAUGAGUCUUAUAAUUAUCAAUCUAAAUUAAAAAAAACAAACAAACACGUAUUUAUGCACUGAACAAAACUAUAAAAUAGGAUCUGGCAUGUGUACAUGUAUGUUGUUGUACAAUGUAAACUGCGUUGACUCUGUGCAAAUCUAUGCAGAUUGUAUUUUUCAUCGAUCAAAUGGCUAAAAAUGUACUUAAGUUCCAGGUUUGUUUGUUUGUUUGUUUAUUUUCCACAGUAUCCAAAAAACCGACAAAUUACAAAUCAUUUAAAGAAAAUCAAAUACAAUUGUAUACAUUUUACUAAGUAAAUUUUAUGCAGAAUUAAUGCACAGAAAUAUAUGUAUGUAUACAAGGUAAUUGUGAUACUGCAGUGGGACUCAUGUAGAAAGCACAGCUUGUAUUCAAUGGUCCCUAAUUUACAUGCACGUGCAUUGAGACAGGAAUAAAAGAAUGUUAAUCCAACCAUCCGUGGCCAAUGAACCAAUGAAAAAAAUGUAAUAGUAGGUCUCAAUGCACACGCGUGUUUGCAAGGAAAAAAGGAAGAAAGACAAUUUACCACUAACAUUUAUACAAGAAUGUGGACCAACACAAACAAUGGACGAAGACUACAAAGCAACAGCUACAAAGAGGUCUUAUCAGAUCAGUGCGUUAGAAUGUAGAACAAUCAACAAUAAGAUUCCAGUAAAACAGAUUUAAAAAUACGUUUUAAAGCAGAAAUAUUUUUGGAUACUUUGAGCUGGUCAUUAAGCCUGUUCCAAAGCAUUGGUCCCUCAUUUUAAAUAGUUUUAAGCCCGGUUCAUACUUCACGCGAAAGCAAAGCGAAAUUUGUGACGUCAACAAUACGUUUGAAGCGCGUCCACCAUUGUUGACGACAUGAAUUUCGCUUCGCACUUGUUUUUGCGUGAAGUAUGAACCGGGCUUUAUGAGCUAGCUAAGUACGGGUGUAAGGAAUGUGGAAAUUGGAAGCUUGACGGGUAAAAUGGGAAUGAAUUUCUGAAUUGCGAGAAAAACUAAUUUAGAUAGAAAAAGGUAAAUUUUUACAAGCAAGCUGGUACAUGAGGGACCCAAGCUGAUGACGAUAAAUAUCCUUAACUUUUAAAGUCUCAUGCUUUAAGAAAAGGGGAUCUGCAUGUGAAUUGAAAUCAGUAAAAUUUAUAAUUCGAAGAGCCUGUUCUGCAAAAGGAGGAGUCUGUUCAGAUUAGUAACAGAACUAGCUCCCCAUACAAGUAUCCCAUAGUUUAGAUAAGAUACAAUCAGAGUUUUGUAAAGUGAAUUAAGAACCGGUCCAGGAAGAAAAUGUUUGAUCCUGUUAAUCACACCAAUAUUUCUAGCAAUGAUUUUACAGACAUAAUCAACAUGACUAUUCCAUGUUAGUCCACAGUCAAAAAAAAGGCCCCAAAACUUACAGCAAUCAGUUUUUGCUAUGAUGGAGUCAUUAAUCUUGAUAAGACAUGGAAGGUCACUGGCUGAAUUGCUGACCAACAGGUUGUUUUCUUUUAAUCUUUUAUGUUUUUAUAACAAUGUUCGUGCAUGAAAAAAUGUUUCUACUUUUGUCACUAUUAAAUUGUAAAAGGUUUAAACAAGAAUUUUUGUUGGAAUCGAUUGUAGACAGUCAUGCUUGCAUAUCUUCAUUUAUAUUUAUGCUCAGUCUAUAAAUGAUCGUUCAUUUUUUUUCAAUGGAUGUUGUGACAUACCGAAGGUUUAAAAUGAUGCCCAGAAUUAUCUGUAAACUCACAGGCAUGUGAAUUCUAGACAUGCAUCGAAGCAACGCAACAAUGUUUUAGUCAAAGCACUAAAAAUCUUUCUUUCUGUACCAAAGUUACCGGUAAUUUUGGUCCAAUAUCAGAUACUGGUUUUGAAUAUUUUAUGUUCCUUAAAUUUCUGGAAACUGUAAAAGGUGUGGCAGGUAUGCUGUUCCCAUAGGCCCAAUCCCUUUAAAAUAUGGGAUGUGCUAACUCUGGAAAUGUUCAUUUGAAAAGCUGUUUUGCAUUCCAAUUGAGGUUUGAAACUUCCAUUUUGUUUUUAUUUUUCAGGUUUUUUUGUUUACACUAUUUUAAACAAUUUUUUUUUUUUGUAAUUCAACUUGUCAUUAUUACAUGUACAAUAAAUUGUAUGUGGACUGUAUGCAA